AUGGCGGCACCAGAAAAUCAGGCUGACUUCACUCCGCAUAGCCCAGCACCAUCCGUGGGAUCGCACAAAUCAAUGGACACAGGGAUAGAGGCAGAUAUAAAAGAAUUACUGCGGAACCUGCCAUCCAAAACUGACCUCACGAACAUGUUAGGGAAGCUGGAAGCGACUUUCCAAUCUAAAAUGGAGGCGAUGGGUUCUGACAUAAAUCAAGUAAGUCUCAGGGUUACUGAUUUAGAAGACAGACGUGAUGUUCUACAAGCCCAAAUGACAAACCUGUCCUCGACAAUAGAAACUAAAUCACACUUUAUGUCUUCCAUGCAACGUCAAAUGGAUGAUUUGGACAAUCAGGGCUUGCAGAAAUAA